CGUACAUUUUUCCAGCUUACUUCUCUCUCUCCUGCACACACACUCACACGGUCGCGGCUGUCAGCGCUCUGAAGAUGGUGGCGGCUGCUGCCUCUGUGAUUUGCCCACAGCACAGUUGCUUCAGCUGCUCCAUCGUGUCAAGUAUGGCCAGAUAACCCGGAGAGAAGAUAUUCUCAUCGCAACGUGGACUACAGAGGGAUUCAAGGAAAGGCUCUGGUAUCAUUUUAGUCUUGGGUUAAAGUGGAAUGAUGUAGAUCUGUAUGAAAACAAACCUCUCCUGUCUGAUCCAGUCGGAUUCAAUUAAAGUGGUUGGAUCGAGGCGGGGCUCUGCUUUUUAACCUGUGGGGCUGAGGUGUGGAAGGGAAGGGGAGGGGAGCGUGGAGCGGAGGUGGGGAUCUUUUAAUUAGCUCCACUCGGUCUCUGCAGGCUUUUCAUCUUCUUGCGAAGGGUGACCCAGCUUUUGCAGGCAAACUUCAGACAAAAGAAAAUACUCUUGCUCUCCGCUCAAGGCUACAGUUUUGUUUUUUUUUUCUUCUUCGCAGCUGCCAGGUGGAUAUUUGGACUAUAUAUAGAGAUUUAUUUUACUGUCACGCUGGACUUGUGACAUGUGGUAGGAUGAUGAACUAAAAAGUGCUCCCAGGAUAUCCUUAAGCAGCGUGUUUGUGCAGGAGUCACCCACAGACACGCUUUUUUAAUAAAUCCAAACGUCCCCAUUGGUUGCGUUUACACAUGCUCGUGGACCUCUGCAAGAUCCGCUCCCAACAGAGACGCCUGUGAGUUCGGAUAGGGAGCAGCCGUGGAGAAACCGGAGUGGGAAGUCAGGAAAACACGGGGCUAAGUGUGUGAGAAUAUUUGGGAUCAGGCCCUGCAGCAAAAAGCAUGUGGCAUGUGUUUGAAAGCUCUCUUGGUGUGUUUUUCUGCGCUCAUAUCGCCUUAUGUGUGGAAAAGAACCGUCCCUUUAUUUCAUCACAAGUACUAGACCGCAUAACUCUGCGGCUGAGUUACUUUGCAUGAAGUUUUGCCCUGUCCUGUAAACAAAUCAUGCGCCUUUUGUGCAGGAAGUAUUACUCUCUAUAGACAACUUGAGGAAGUAGGGGGGAAAGAGACUGAAUGUGGACCGGGCAUUAAAGUACCCACUGUGUUGACAAGUUUUCAAAAAAACGCAACAUAAAAAUGUUUUCUAAACCAAUUUCCCCCUCCCAACCUUUACUUUUGGGAUAGAUUUAUGGUUUUGUGUAAUAUUUUCCAAUGACUGGAGCAAGCUGUGGGCUGUUUGGACUGGAACAGAGCAGGCAGUAAGUGAACCUUGCAGUCUCAAGUGCGUCUAAACAGACGGGAAUGUAGAGGAAUGCAGGGAUUGACGUCAAGAGGGGCUAUUAUGAACUGCUCUAAAGCUUUGGAUGGUUUUCUGGUAUUGCUACAACCAGAGCACUGAAAUCAUUUUCUACUGUUUCCACAUGCUUUGCCUUACCUUCCUGUCAAGAUUUCUCUCACAAUUAACGGUGCCUUCUAAUAGUAGUUUUCAUUUUGGAUAGAGCAAUAGACAACAUGGCAUCUCCCCAGCAUCAGAAACUGCUGCCACACAACACAGAAGUGAGCUGCGACUCGAGUGGAGAUGGAGGCGUCUCCGUGCGAAUUGGCAGCAGUGUCAAACACAGGCAUGGAGGAGGGCCGCUGGGUUCAAUCGGAGGAGGCUUCAUCGGGGGCACCAAGCACUGCAAGUACAGCAUCUCAUCUAGCUGCAGCUCAGGGGAGUCUGGGGUGAGGAGGCCCAUGGUGAAGAGUUUCCGUGCUAAUAAGGGGAUGCCCCAGCUAUUCGAGAGGUCAGCAGGUCAUUUCUGGGACCCUAAGUUUGACUCUUCUAUCCUGGAGGAGGCCUGUAGAGAGCGAUGUUUCCCUCAGACCCGGCGGCGCUUUCGUUAUGUGCUCUUUUAUCUGGUGGCUGCCAGUUUCCUCUGGGGGUUGUAUUUUGCUGCCCAUCCUUCCUGCUGUGACAUAGUUGUUUUUCUCCUCCCAACUGCUUCCUUCCUCAUCUUCUGCCUUCUCCUCUUUCUACUGACUUUUACCAAGCUUUAUUCUCGCUGCUACAACCAGGCUUCUCUGCUACUUAUCUUUGUAACCUUCAUAUUGACCCUGGCCCCUCAGAUCCAGACAUUAGGAUUCAGGGACCCAGAUUCCAGGUCAUCUGAAUUUGAUGGGGGGGAAAGCCAUGGCAUAGGGCCCACAAACAACAAGUCCAACAACAAGUUAGUUGGGGGUUCUAAUAAGUUUCCCUGCAUUUCUCCUGUGGGCACUUUCUCCCUCUGUAUUGAGGUUCUACUGUUACUGUACAGCGUUCUGCAUGUUCGUCUUUAUGCGUCUCUUAUGCUUGGGUUGCUGUACUCUGUCUUGUUUGAGACCUUGGGCUGUUUGCUCCCAACCCAGGCGGGAGAGAGCUGGAGCUGGGUUUUUUCCUCAGAGUUGGAGAUGUUCAGUUGGUUGGGUCCGGCCAAAGCCCUGCUUCAUCUCUGCGCUCAUGCUAUUGGCAUCCACCUGUUUGUCAUGUCUGAAGUGCGCUCACGCAGCACCUUUCUUAAAGUCGGACAAGCUAUUAUGCACGGAAAAGAUCUGGAAGUGGAAAAAGCCCUGAAGGAGAGGAUGAUCCACUCUGUUAUGCCGAGAAUUGUGGCAGAUGAGUUGAUGAAGCAAGGCGAUGAGGAAAUUGGUGAUAAUUGUGGUAAACGUUACUCUACCAGUGGUGCAGCUGCAGCCAUUUCCAGCCCAAAAAACAACAAGCGCAAGAAAACCUCAAUUCCCAGAGGUCAGAUCAUCUUCAGACCCUUCAACAUGAAACGAAUGGAGCCCGUCAGCAUCCUCUUUGCAGAUAUUGUAGGCUUUACCAAAAUGUCUGCCAACAAAUCUGCUCAUGCCCUUGUUGGGCUUUUAAAUGACUUGUUCGGACGUUUUGACAGACUCUGUGAGCUCACCGGCUGUGAAAAGAUCAGCACUCUGGGGGACUGUUACUAUUGUGUGGCUGGCUGUCCAGAACCUAGACCAGACCAUGCCUAUUGCUGCGUAGAGAUGGGCCUGGGCAUGAUUCAGGCAAUUGAGCAGUUCCGCCAAGAGAAGAGGGAGAUGGUGAACAUGAGGGUGGGUGUCCACACUGGCACCAUAUUGUGCGGCAUCCUGGGGAUGAAACGCUUCAAGUUUGACGUUUGGUCGAAUGAUGUCAAUCUGGCCAAUCUGAUGGAACAGUUGGGUGUAGCAGGGAAAGUCCACCUUUCGCAGGCCACUUUUGACUUCCUGGAUGACCGAUACCAGCAUGAAGAUGGACAGGUCAACGAGAGGAUAGGACAGAGUGUGGUGGCUGAUCAGCUCAAAGGCAUGAGGACCUACCUUAUCUCCAGCAGAAAGGUGGAGGUUCACUGUAACUGCACCCAGAUGGGGUUGUCUGGUCCAGGGAAUGCUGACCCUCAAUGCCAGAUGCCCAGAUUGCACACGCCUGAUGGGGCCUGCACCCUUCCCUCAGACAAAACCAAGUCCUGCAGUGUGACCCUUAUAGCAGGCGAGGAUCAGAUUCUGGAAGAAGGAAUGGUACAUAAUGGCUGCCGUGAUGACAAAACCAAUAUCAGCAAGGACUCUUCAAAUCUGAAGUGUUCCCCUGCGGUAUCCGCUGGCCGCAGCCCCAAGACAGUGAAUGGCCUGCUCAGUCCUCAGCUUGAGGCCUUGAAUAACAGCCAGACUUCACUGUGUGAGAUGCUGCAGGAAAAAGAGAAGAAGACUUGGAGUGGAGGAGCCAUGGGCAUGGACCACUCUGCGCUCAUCCCGCUGCGCUCCAAGAACUUCCGGGAACGGAGUGAUGCUCAUUUUGUGGAUGUUAUCAAGGAGGAUAGUCUUAUGAAGGACUAUUUCUACAAGCCGCCCUUACACAAGCUGAGCCUCACCUUCCUGGAGAGGAGCCUGGAGUCUGCCUACCGGAUAAGCUACCAGGAGGAGGUGGAGAAUCAAGGAGUAGUUCAGACGUUCGCCAGCCCGACGUUCAGUUCUUUCCUGGAUAUGCUGCUGUGCAGUUUAGUCGUUCUGGCGCUCUCUCUUGCCUGUUUCCUCCGACCUCUCGUCACCCAGCAGAGUCCGUCCAUACCUGCACUUAUUCUCACAGCUGUAGCCACCCUGCUGGAGGCUCUGGCUCUGCUGUUUGCUAUUCGUAUGGCUUUCUAUCUGGACAGUGUGCUGAGCUGCACUCGGGUGCUGAUGAGGGCCGUCUCUGGCUGGAUACUUCGCCACUUUAUCGGAGCUGUUCUGGUGUCUUUGCCUGCUCUGGUAGUCUUCUCCCAUCUCACCUGUGACAUGUAUAACUCUAUCCAGUUUACUAUGUUCAUCCUCUGUGCUGUCAUCAUAGCUAUUAUUCAGUACUGUAACUUCUGCCAUCUCAGCUACUGGAUUCGCUCCACAGUAGGCACACUGGUGGGGCUGGCAAUGCUUGCACUGCUCUGCUGUUCCCCCUGCAGGUCUUAUGGUCAAAGCAACAUCACAAUCAGUUCCAUUUUAAUGUUUGACAACUCAUCAAGUUCUGAUCGACAACCCGACUCCAACCCACACAAACGUCUUAUUCCUGAAGCCUGUGUGGCCUUCUUUCUGCUCCUGCUCCUUGUUUGGUUCCUUAACCGUGAAUUCGAGGUCAGCUACCGUUUGCAUUACCACGGCAAUGUAGAAGCUGAUCAGCACCGCAUCAAGAUUCAGAACAUGAGGGACCAAGCUGACUGGCUUCUACGCAACAUAAUCCCAAUCCAUGUAGCGGAGCAACUUAAAGUCACCCAGAGUUAUUCCAAGAACCACGACAAUGUGGGGGUCAUAUUUGCCAGUAUCGUGAACUUCAGUGAAUUUUAUGAAGAAAGCUACGAGGGAGGCAAGGAGUGCUAUCGCGUUCUCAAUGAGUUAAUCGGUGACUUUGAUGAGCUUUUACGCAAGCCUGCCUUUGCAAACAUUGAAAAGAUCAAGACCAUUGGUGCAACAUACAUGGCUGCAGCCGGACUAAACACUCAGCAGUGCGCAGAUGCGGUGCAUCCUCAUGCGCACCUUCGCGCUCUUUUCGAAUUCACCCUGGAAAUGAUGCGAGUGGUGGAUGACUUUAACAAGAACAUGCUCGGCUUCGGCUUCAAGCUUCGCAUUGGCUUUAAUCAUGGGCCCCUGACAGCCGGCGUGAUUGGAACCACCAAGCUUCUCUAUGAUAUCUGGGGCGACACUGUCAACAUCGCCAGCCGCAUGGACACAACGGGCGUGGAGUGCCGCGUUCAGGUCAGCGAGGAAAGCUACUGUGUGCUCAGUGGCAUGGACUACGAGUUUGAUUAUCGAGGGACGGUUAACGUCAAAGGCAAAGGUCAGAUGAAGACGUUUCUUUAUCCUAAGAGCAGUGACCGUGGCCCCGUGCCUCAGUACCAGCUGUCAGUCUCACCAGAGAUCCGAGCGCAGGUGGAUGGUAGCAUUGGCCGGUCUCCCACUGAUGAGAUUGCAAGCAUGUUGCCAACCACCAGCAAGAAUGCAAACAGUACCAAAACGAUGGUACCCAGUGCCAGCACUGGUUCCUCAAACACAACAGGGCUUUGUCAAAUGAAAGACUCAGUCAUCCGUGAAAGAUGUCCCUCCACAGCCGCUUCAUGUGCCAGACGAUCCAUGUCACACAGUGGCUUAACAUCAAUACCUGUAACCAGUCUUGAGGGACACUCGCCAAGUAACAAACAGCUCAUAGUCUCAUCCUCAAUCCAGCAACAUGCACUACAACACUCACCAAGAAAAGACACAAAAGACAAACUAGAGAAUAGCUGUGACAUUAUUACUGGAGAUUUAACCAGGCUUUAAGUACUUGCCACAACAGCACUUUUAUUACCAACCUUUCCUUUAAGCUUUCAUUACUACUAGCUGCCAUGUGUAGAAGCUAUACGUUUGUCCAACUUCAGGUAGAGAAGGAAGAUUUGGACAGACACAGAAAGCUGGGUUGUACAAACAAGCCAGGUUUUCCAUCAGCCAAAAAAGAGCUUGUUUGUAGUGUAAAUGUGAUUGGCUGAUAUCAUCAGAGGUGCUUGGGGAAACACACAUAGGGUGUUGGGCAGAUAUUCAGAGAAAAUGGAAAUUUGCCUCCUAACAAUCCCAUGGUCUGCCAUUAACUUACUUGAUUACCUUUGCACCUUUAAUCUUGAUUGUUUCUUUCAAAUGUGUUUUAAGUGCCUUUAGACUAGAAUAAGAUUUAAACAAGGCCUUUUUAACUCAAUAACAACUAAAAGGAAAACCUUUACAAGCGAAAACUUUCUGGAAUAAAACUUUGCUGUUGGUUUACUUUUAUGAACUAUAUUUUGCAAAGAUAUAUUUUUCUUUCUAUCCAAGAGGAGAUCAAUAAUGUGAGAAAUCAUACAAAUGGAUAGUUAGAAUUUUUGAAGUGAGGUUCUGUGAAGUUUCCAGUAUAAACAGUGAAUGCAAAGAGAUACUAAGAUACUUGGUCCAUCUGACAACUCGAGGUGAAAAUGUUUGUAUCCAUGGGAUACAAUGUUUUAUCAUUACCUGUCUGAAAUUUCUCAAGAUAAUGUUAAAUUUGUUGCUGUUUUUUCAGCCAAACAACAUCCGAAUUACUAAGCAAGUCACUAAUCUGGCAGAGGCUACUGGGAUAGCAGUCCGCCAGGAUAAUUUCUAAACAACUGUGCAAACUGGAAGAGCACAGGAGCGUGCCAUCUCCGAUUCUGAUGGACAAAAUCCAAAGCAGUCGUCGCUGAUGCGUCCGAUGGAUACACCCAGCAGCCAAUGUAACAACCAACAUGUUUUUAGUGUAGUAACAGAGAUUUUGUUCAGCUUAGAAAAUGGCAAAAAAAAAAAUGACAACAGCCUCUUAUGAAAGUUUAAAUGUUUAAUAUCUCCUGUUUUAAUAUCUCCACAGAGUCCCAGGGAUAUUGACAUUUUCAGUUGUUGAUGUCUGAAAUGUGUUAAAAUAGCUAAAACGGGGUCGUUUGACUAAUUCUUCUGAGACACACAAAGUCCAAACGUUUACUCAAAUCUCGCAGGACCUAGAGCGGACUGAUGAGGUGAAAGUGAUGAGGCAGAUUAAUACAGCUUCAUUAAUUAACACUACGUCAGCUUAGAAAACAAAAACGGGUAACAAUAUACUCCCUUGUGAAGGUUUUGAUGGUAAAUAUCUCUCACAAGUUAUGAGACGUGGAAAAGCAAAUGAAUGCAUCAACUUCAAUAAUGUUGCACCCAGUCCAAAUGCUCUACUCUUGGUGGUCUUAAAAUAGACUGACGAGUCAAAGCUGGUGAGGUAAAUUAAUAUAGAUGGCAGCCAACAAAACUAAUGUAACUUUAGCAUAAUGACAGGGUCGUUGGCAUAUUAACAUUAGUAGAUAUUAACUGACUGAAAGUGUCGGAAGUUAUCCACUAAUCUAGCAUCGUAUUCCAUGUAUAAAAACAUUUUAAGUUUGAGUUGUUUUAAGUUACUAAAGUUAGCUAAAACGUUUGCCCCCAUUUAUUAAAUGUUAGCUUUUCACCGCUUUGAGGACUUACUCACUUGUUUACAAACGUAUGUUGAUAUGACAUCAAUAAGGGAACUAUUAUUAAUGGCUUUCUUAAAAAUCCACAAAUAUCCCUUUAAGUGAAUGAAAUAAAGCAAAAUGUUGUUUCAAGAUGGCAAAAUCUGCAUAAUAACUGCUGCUGUGCCUCAGUUCGUGUAAAAACCAGAAAACUCAUGAAAGCAAUGGCCAGGACUAAUCGGUACAGAACACUGGCGGAUGACGCUGAGCUCUAUGAGCAUAUCCGCACGAAUUAAAUGUUGCAUGUCCUUUAUUUUAUAAUGCAUUCAGGCAAUGGUUAAGCUCCCCUAGAGUUACUCAGAUGACGGAAAUACAAACAGGUUUGCUGUUGUGGCAGGUUUUCACUGACUACAAUUAAGAUCUUCAUAUUCCCAAAUCACUAUGAGAUGAUUUCUUCAGCUAUACUUAAUCGGCAUGGUUGCAGCAUUGAAGGCUUCUGGUUGUUGUGCCUCCAGCCCACAACUUAGACUCUUGUGGGAGCUGAAGAUGCGUUUGGUGUUUUGCAAGAAGCUGACAUACCUGUAGAUGGGUUUUAAGCCAUGAUUUCAGAUGGACUAAAUACAAAAAAAAGUAACUGCCUAAUGGGUUGGAUUGCAUUACACUGUGUUAAAGUAGUUCUUAGUUUUCUCAAGACGAGGAUAAUCAAUGUUGAAUGUCACAAAUGUGUUUGUGUUGUUACAUGAAACUUAAGCUGUUCAUCUAAGACGCUCAACUCUCCAGGAUCUCAAAGACAUUACUGGAUGCAAACAGCUUGAUGCUUUUGCUGCUUCAACCUUUAGUGUCAUGAAACUUAAUGUGCUAGCACUGUAAAUGCAAAAGGAGUAUCUCAAAUGUAUUUCAUAUUCCUAGGUGUUUUUAAAGCUUUUUUUCCAUGCUAUAAUGUGACAUUUUCUGUCAUUCUAGCUGAAAAUAGAUUGCGUGCUCAAGAGCAAAAAGCUACAGUUACACUCACUCGUCUUAAUUUUGGAUGUGUUUAAAAAGUAAUACAUAACAAUGUCCUCAUAUAUUAAAGCUGCCAAUUCAUAUUUAAUAAAUGUGAUCCAAUUUGCCUUUUGUCUAAAAAAUACUUCUGUUAACCAUUUCAGUUAAUAUUUGUUAAUAUUUGUUCUCUAUAACGCAGAUGCUUAUAUUAUAACAUAUGUACAAAUAAAGCAUAAAAUGGGAACCUUAACCUUAAAUCACAUUUUAUUUUGACAGUUUUCCAAAAUGCCUACUGUCUUCUCAUGAUUAAUUUGUAAAUAAAGAAUUAGGUUUUAUAUUUUUCUUUUUUUCCAUUUUAGUUCGGUAUUAUGUGCCAUAUGGAGCUGGAUUAGUCUAAAUGUAAUAAUAGAAAAUGAAAUGGAAACUUUUUUUGUUUUUUUUGCUCUUGAUCACACAACCCUUGUAGCGCAACAUGUUUGUGACACUACAGAAAGGGGGGGGGGGGAUCAUUCCUAUACGUUUAGGUGAUGGUAGAAGUAAACGUGUUGUGGAGAAAGCAUAAACUUUACAUGUCUUUAUUUUUUGGGGUAAUUUUGAUUAGCUUUUUUGAACUCUGAACCUUUUUGGGGGACAGAAAUGAACAAUAAUAUACAUGUAUGAUUCCCCAGAGUCUGAUUUUUAUUUGCUUUGUUUUCUUGCCUGUACAUGAGCAUACAGUGUAUUGAUUUAGCAGGAAUAAUUGAGAUGUUGGUGACAUUCUAAACCAGCAUAAUAGCGCACUGGGAAAAUUAUGAUGCCAAAGAGUGUCAUUGCCUUCUUGUACAAUUUCUUUGUGUGCUGUCUCUAUUUUCUGGUUGUUUUCCCAUACACAUGCACACACUGUUAAAAUGCAAUUGCACAAGGCUCUUGUUUUUGAUGUACAUUAUGCCUUUCUACUGUAAAGCAUUUUUAUUAUUUAUAUAAGAGCAUGUUAUUGGGUAUUAAAUAGUUUAGAACUGGACAACUUUAAAAAUGAUGGUAUAAUACUGUUUUUUUUUUUGCAUGUGUAAAUCUGUAUGAGUGUUUAUAAAAGUGUGAAGUUCUAUGGUAUCUUCUGAAAGAAGGGAUUUGGAAAUGUGUCCAGUUUUCUCAUAAUAUACAGUAAUAGAGGUAUUUCAGCUAAUAUUGCUAAUAGGUAAAAGUGGAGUAGCUUGCUAUUACUCCCACACAAUAAAUUAAUAUGUUUUGUGUUGUAUAAGGCACGCUAAUAGGUGAAGUGAAAGUUAACGUUGAAUAAAAGUCACAUGCUGAAAAUGAAAGAGAAUGUUUGAAUUUACAGCCUUAACAUUUCUUAGACUUCUCUUAAGGGGGAAUAGAUUGUAAGUUGGUCUUUAAAAUUUUGCUUUAUCCCUAUUGUUUUUGUCUUGGACUGUUUAAUCCUAAAAUUAGAACAUAUUGCACAUAGUACUUAAAGAUAGAUGGAUGUUGUUUUCUAAAAUGUGUGUAAUUAAAUAAUAAACCUCUAAUAAAAACGUUUGCUUUCCAAAUCUUA